AUGUUGGGCGACUCUGCCUCGGGAGCUGCCACGGUACGGCCGUCCUACGAGCUGCAGGAGGAGCAGAUCAAACUGGGGUCCGUACUGGGCCACGGCACCUUCGGCACCGUCUACCGCGGCGAGUGCUUCGGCCUGGCGGUCGCCGUCAAGGUGCCCUUCGUGGGCAACAACACCAACGCCGGCGCUGUCGACGGCAAUGCCGACGGCAAUGACACCAAGGCCGAGGCCGACGGCAACGCCGAUGGCGACAGCAAGAAGCCGGGAGAGGACACGGGACCGACCACGGCCGCGGUGCAACCGGCCGUACUCUCUAAAGAGGACAUGGAGGAUCUCAAGCAAGAGAUACGCAUCAUGACGACGAGCUUGCAUCCCAAUCUCAUCCUGUGCCUUGGCGCCUGCCAUGCGCCGGACAAGUUCCGCAUUGUGCUCGAACUCAUGGACGGCGACCUUGAAACGCUUCUCAUCCAGUCGCCCAUGGGCAAGAAGAUGUCGCUCUUUCAGCGCAUGUGCAUGGCGCGUGACGCCGCCCGCGGCAUGCAAUGGCUGCACUCUCGCGAUCCGGCCAUCAUCCACAGAGAUCUGAAGCUCGAGAACAUGAUGGUAUGGGACGUCUGCUUCAUAAAAUCCAUCGAGUCUUAUUGGCUGACGCGAGUGAUCAUUGGUGGUGUAUUGGCUGGCUAUGAUCGUUGGCCGCGCAAUUGUGAUCUACAGUACAAAAAGGUGGGGAACACGUUUCAGAUCAAGAUAGCCGACUUUGGGUUGUCGGCGCUCAAGCCGAAGAAGUCGGCGUCGCUCGUAUGGGAGAAGGUGGGCACCGUAAAUACCAUGGCACCGGAAAUCCUGCAGGGUUCGGAUUACAAUGAAAAGGCCGACGUUUACUCCUUUGGUAUCAUCCUGUGGCAGCUCUUCACCUGCGAGCCCCUCUACGCCGACACCGAACAUUCGACCGAGGGGCUCGCGUUUCAGAUCUGGCGCAACGGCCUUCGGCCCAAGAUACCGGCCAAUUGCAUCUCUACCCUCAAAAAGCUCAUGCAGGAGUGCUGGCAGACAGACUUUGCCAAGCGUCCGUCGUUCGAGCGGAUCAACAAGAAGAUCGAUCAAAUCCUCAUCCAGAUCGCCAUCCUCGAUGACCAAGGACGUCGAUUCUGGAAGAAAUACUUUUUUCGCCAACACAACGUGCCGUGGCAGAACUUUGCGGCGUCGUUCUACCGGUUCAUCCGCCAGAGAAUGCCGCGCAAUAUCGACAAGACCAAGCUCGACACCGCCACCACCAACUACCUCUGCCUCAAAAAGCUCCUGGCUCGUCCGGACGUGGAGGGCAAGGAGUUCGUGAAUAUCCAGCAGUUCGGGCAAAUCACGGCCCUCUUUGGUCCGCUCCUGCGCGACGACUCCCACUCCCACCCGUGUGUGCUCGAUGAAAUCCGUGAGCUCCUCAUGGAAAGGUGGUUCCAUGGCUUUGUGCGAAGAGGCGAAGCCCAUCGGCGUCUGCUGGGCCGCCAGGCGGGCUCAUUCCUCUUCCGCAUGACCUCCAAAGAAGGCGUCUGUUUGGCGCUGACCCUGAUGCGGACGGAGGGCCGAAACCCGAACAACAUCUACGUCUACAAGAACAACGGACGAUUCAUGUUCUUGGGCUUCGACAGCCGGAACUACAUCUCCCUCUCGGCCAUCAUCCGCGACCUCGAACGAAUCACUAAACUUCCGCUGCUGCCGUGUCCCGGGUGGCCCUUUUCGUCGUGCUUCAGCGGCGUCGAGGACAACCUGGACGACUCCGACAGCGAAGACUACAUCCCGUUCCUGGGCGAGCUCAUCGGUGCUGCCGAUGGGGGCGGCUCCUCCGCCAAGAGCAAGGACAGCGGCGGCAACAGCAGCGGCGACGAGGAGGACCGCCUGCCGUCGCCCACCUUCGCCGCAGCGGCCGAAGAGAACGUCAAGCUGAAGCGUCGACAGCUGCAGCUGCGCCAACUCCACCAGCUUCAUCAGCACCAGCAUGUCGAGCGACAGAUAGAGCCAAGCGCAGGCGGCACCGGUGUGGGGACCGAUGCGACGGGUGUCUCGCCCAUGUCGUCGCCCCGUUCGCCGCACACGGCGGCGUCGCUUUUCGACUCGCCGCGGGCGUCGCUGUUCGACUCACCGCGGACGUCGCCCUACGGCAAGGGACCCUUGUCGCCCCUGAGCGGAUUGGAGUGGGUGCUGCUGGGGCUGUGCUACCACAGGCAAGACUCGUUGAUGGCGCUGCUGGUGAACGACCCGGAGCUGGAAGAGCGAAGGAAGCAGCGCGAGGAGGAGCGGAAAGAGCGCGAGGCCCAGUGGGCCAAGGAGGAAGAGGAGCGCAAGCGGCGACGCGAGGAACGACGCAAGUUCCUCACCAAGUAG